UUCUUAUUCUAAAUCACAUUUUAGUUCCAUACAUUUUUAUUAGUAAGUCACGUAAUUUUUUCAGCCCUGCCCCUGACCACGCCCCCUCCUACAUGCCUAAAUAUAAAGUGUCUGUGGUUCACCAUUGAAUUGUUGGGAGGUGGGCGCUGCCCUCUCUGUUUUCUUUGAGUAACUUUACAUUAGAUAACAUUGUGUUCCAUUAUAACCUGCAGGGUGUGGCUGUCACUUUUCGUCCUCAGUGCUGGAUACACAAAUACAAUCAUGAAGGGAUGCCUGCUAUCUCCUACAUCCAUAUCCCUGCACCAUUUUAUGAUACUCUGAGGUUUCCAGACAUUAGCCGGCAAAAUUCGGACCAACAUGACCAGUUCAUAUGUUCUGCUGGACUACAACAACCAGAGUGUUUUAAAUAUCGGCUCUCGUUCUUGGUGCAUCUGCCUGAUGAAGAUAAACAAGGACAGUGACGAGAUGACUGAGAGGAUUCUGGACCUCACCCUGGAGAUCAUCUUUCUACUGACUGGAGAGGAUUGCAUUGUUGUGAAGAAAUCAGGGGACCGCAUAGUGCACAGUGGUAGUCCUCGUUUGACGGAAGGAUUCUUCCAGGCUCAGAGACCCAGCCUGCUGCUUUCAUCUCACUCAUUAACGCAAGAGAGAAACAAGAUGAUAUUGGAACUGACUAAUAAGAUCGUCCACCUGCUGACUGGAGAGGAGUGUGAGUAUUUAGGUCAUGAAGAUAUUUGCAGACAUGUAAUGAUGGACACCCACCAGCCUCUCGGGCCAAUGGGGAGAGCUGUGGAUAGAAUUACAUUUAGCAAAUCCCAUAUUCCUGCAUCCUCAGCAAAGUACACGAGUGAAGAAAAACGUAAAGUGAAUAGAGGGAGAAAAUGUAUAAACAAUCUAUUAAAGUGGUCGAGAAAACCUGUUAAAGAUGUAGAAGAGGAACCAACCUGCCUGGAAGGAACUCUUUCAAACGGCGACCUUUAUACAACCGUAAAGCAUAAGCAGACACAAUGUCCAUCUUCUCGUGUGAAAGGUGAAUUGCCUCUGUGUAAAGGCCGUCUCCGAGACACAGACAUUCUGUCACCUACGGAACAUUCACAGGUAGGAGAUAUUUCUGUUCAUAUCAAGGAAGAAUCCACCUCAUGUGAAGAGGGAAAUGUCACUGCUACACCCACAGAGCAAACAGAAUAUUUAGCGGUUCAUAUUAAAGAAGAAUCAACAUCAUCUGAAGAAGACAAUUUCUCGGACCCUGAUAUUUAUACACCCACAGAAUACAUGCAGUCAGAAGAUAGAGACACGGACGCGUCUUAUACUAGUGCACAUAGUGGGACUUAUGGGAAAUCCUCUGAAUCAAAUAGUGAUUUAGAUAAAGAUCUGUACACAUCGUCAUCACCGUCUUGUCCUGUAUGUGGAAAAUGUUUUCCAACCAACUCAAGCCUUCAAACACACGAAAAGAUUCACACACACGAUAAACCAUUUUUUUGUUCUGAGUGCGGAAAAAGUUUUAUUAAUAGCUCAAAUCUCAUCACACAUCGGAGGAUUCAUACAGGUGAAAAGCCAUUUUUUUGUCCUGAAUGUGGGAAGUAUUUUACAUGCAGCUCAAAUCUGGCUGCACAUCAGAGGACACACACCGGGGACAGAGCAUUCCCUUGUCCUGAAUGUCGGAAAUGUUUUUCAACAAACUUUAAUCUUAUUGCACAUUUAAGGAUUCAUACAGGAGAGAAACCCUUUUCAUGUGUGGAUUGUGGGAAAUGUUUUACAAAUAAUUCUGGUCUUAUUUCACAUCAGAGGAUUCACACAGGAGAGAAACCAUUUUCUUGCCCUGAAUGUGGGAAAUGUUUUAGCGAUAAGACAGAUCUUACUAGACAUCACAGGAUUCACACAGGAGAGAAGCCCUUUACCUGCACUGAAUGUGGGAAAAGCUUUCGGCAUAAGUCAGCUCUUAAUAGGCAUCUGAGAAUUCACAAUGAACAACGAUGA